UCUGCGCCAUGUUAUCGAGAACGGAGAGACAGGGUGUAGUGUUUUUACAGUUGUACGAGGCUACAAAGUAGGUAUUAUAUCCGUUCUGUAGUUAGUUUUUGUCUUUAUUAUCGUUGAAUUACCUUGUCAACGGCCAGCGAUAGCAGCUGGCUGUAACGGUUUUUGUAUCAUUCCUUUCUGCGAUCUGAAAGCCAAAGCGGCUGCCAUGGCUUUUUAAGGCAUAAUGCGGGGCAUCUAAAACAAUGGCAAUGCAUCAGGCAAGAAAAAAUCAACAGCGAAACUCCAUCUUCGCAACUGCUAAGCAGUUGGGCUCCAGUACCGCCCGCGGUAUCCCUGUGAGCCAACCGGUACCACUGCUCCUGGACCGGAGGAAGAUAACGCUGCUAGUCAGUUAGUUGGCGUAAGCUCGUGAAAUCGUAUUGAUUUCAUCGAUUCAUUUAAAAGUCAUCGAAAACUAUGAAGCCGCAAGACAUCAUCAGCGCUAAAGCCAGCCUGUGGAUCUUCGGGUAUGGCUCACUGGUGUGGAAGCCUGACUUCAAAUACAAAAGGAGCCGGGUCGGUUUCGUCAAUGGUUACAAGAGACGUUUCUGGCACGGAGACAACUUUCAUCGUGGAAACGAUGAGUUGCCCGGAAGAGUGGUGACGCUGAUCGAAGAUGAUGACGAGUGCACAUGGGGUGUGGCAUUUGAAGUGGUAGGCUCUCAAGUUGAAGAGGCCCUGAAAUACCUCAAUGUGCGGGAGGCGGUCUGUGGUGGCUACAUCACUAGGAUGGUUGACUUCUUUCCUGAGGGUGAGAGUGGAUCACCAGUGAAGGCCCUUCUUUACGUCGCUACAUCUGAUAAUCCCCUGUAUCUUGGGCCGGCGAGCCCAGAGGAGAUUGGUGCCCAGAUUGCAGUCUGCAAAGGAAAGACGGGCCACAACCUUGAAUACCUGGUCCGACUGGCUGAGUUCAUGAGGAGCAGCUGCCCAGCUGUGGAAGACCAUCACCUGUACUCGGUGGAGGCAGCUGCUCUCAGAGUGGUGGCCUGUCUGUUAGUAGUCCAGUAGAUCUACACAACACUAAAGGCUUUCCAUCUGGCCCACAAGUUCAUCAAAUCAGUUAUGUUGAAGCUAUUAAAAAUUACUGACAUUAAAUGAUCAUUAUAUCAAUGUUUGUUUUGUUUUUGUUUUCUGAAGCUUUAGGUUAAUCUACAAUUGGAACCACAGUGACUUGUGUUUUGUCUGUAAAAUGGUUGCAUUUAGUUAAUGUGGUUCUGACUCUGUCCAUACACAAACUGCAGUCUUCAUUUGAAUGCUGUUAUGUACCCCUGAAGUUAACUGUUUUUAUACAUGUGGUAAUGUUUCCAUUCAAUGCAACUGUGAAUAAAAGGUUAAAAGAA